CAGGAGCCGAUUGCGAGUCAGGCACGGAGCUGUCCAACCUGCAGCAUCCUGAUCAACCGUACAGACCGACACUCCCGAGCUAACACGGGCAGCACCGAGACACACAAGACUAAGGAUACAUUGGCAUUUAGGGCAGUGAGAUGUCUGAAAUGGUCAGUGUACAUGGGUGGAUGGAGGAAGCUUUGAGCUCACAGGAUGAGUUAAACGAAAGUCAAGGACAACCUACAUAUGACAUGCUGUCGGGUCUGGAUCAUGACGAACAUGGGAGCAUAGAUGGGGAAGAGGAGGAAGAAGAAGAGGAGGAUGGGGAAAAACCAAAGAAGAGAGGACCCAAGAAAAAGAAAAUGACAAAAGCAAGGCUGGAGAGAUUUCGGGUACGGCGAGUUAAAGCCAAUGCCAGGGAGCGUACAAGAAUGCAUGGGCUUAACGAUGCACUGGACAACCUAAGGAGGGUCAUGCCUUGCUACUCCAAAACACAGAAGCUGUCAAAGAUUGAGACACUUCGGCUGGCCCGGAACUACAUAUGGGCAUUAUCGGAGGUGUUGGAAAGAGGACAAACUGCUGAGGGUAAAGGUUUUCUUGAAAUGCUUUGCAAAGGACUUUCACAGCCAACAAGUAACCUAGUAGCUGGAUGUCUUCAACUGGGACAGCAGACAAUGUAUUUGGAAAAGCAUGAAGAGAAGCCACACAUAUGUGAAUCUACCCUUCCAGGUCACACCUACAGUUAUCAGUCUCCAGGUCUACCUAGUCCGCCAUAUGGUAACAUUGAAGCUCACCACUUGCAUUUAAAACCUCCGUCAUUUAAAUCCGCAGUGGAUCCGUCUAUGGUUAAUCAUACCUUAAACUGUACCACUCCACCAUAUGAUGGUGCCCUUACUCCACCUCUAAGCAUAAGUGGGAACUUUUCAUUGAAGCAAGAUGCUUUGUCAGAUAUGGACAAGUCAUUUGCCUUCCGUUCUCACUAUACAUCUCUUGGGCUUGGUGGAUCCCAUGGGCAUGGGUCACAUUUUCAAACUACAGUUCCACGGUAUGAAAUUCCUAUAGACAUGGCUUACGAAUCAUACCCCCACCACACCAUUUUCACUGAAUAAAUGUUCUUAACGAAAGUGACUCUUACAAAA